AUGCCGCGCCCAAAGAAACCCGAUCAGGAUGGAAAAGAGGUCAAGAAACGCUCGAGGAAUGGUUGCUGGCCUUGCAAGUCCAGGAAAGUGAAAUGUGGAGAGGAGAAGCCCACAUGCAUCAACUGUCAACGACAAGGCGAAACCUGCGACUACAGCAUCCGAUUGAACUGGGAUGGUCGAAGUAGAAAGAAAGACGAUGGGAAGUUUGGCGCACAGAUGAUAUCUUUUGGCGGCCCGCAACCUACAUCGCAGCCUGUAUCAAAUGGUCACUCGAACGGUGCGCAGGGUCAGAUAUCGCCUCCUCGAGCGUCCUAUGUCCGAUCACAGCCUCCUUCAACUUACAGCGUCAAUCCGCCUGCACCAGACUCGGUGCCACCGUCUACCGUCCAAUUCACAAACGAUGUCUCUCUCCCCGCCUCGGAUUUUAAUCCAGCCAUACUCCCACCUCCUCCUAUACUACACACUCCGCAAUGGGGCGACACGGUGAUCAACUCUUGUCUCCAAGACCACCCUUCAAUGCCCUCGUUGCGGCAGACUCUCUCCCUCCCGUCGUACCCCUCCCCUUCAGACUCGAGCUUUGGGAGUCCCAAUCUCAACAAUGGAAUCUAUAAUCUCAACACCGGACAGUCCAUGCAGAUGCCUCCACCCAUGCCUACUUCCAAUCCGAUGGGUUAUCAGGAAUCUGUGGACUCGCCCUAUUACAGCGCGAAGAGAAUGAAACUAAGUCCGCGGACAGAUAGCUAUGGGAGAAGCCUAAGUGACCAGCGGGCGAGUUCGUACGGCCUCAAUGAAACAGAGGAGCCAGCUCGAGUCCAUUUCAACCCAAACACCCCUACUUUCUUCCCGUCUUAUCUAAACAAUCCAUUGACACCAGCGACCUCUGCGACUUCACACAUUUCACAGGACAACGAGGAUCGACGCAUCUCUGUGAGCUCUCUGCUGUCGGAGGAUCCAGAACCGGAUGAUACGAAAGCACCUUAUCAACCCGACCAGAACACCCUCCAAGAGGACCAAAUCCCGAGACGUGGAUCGCUCCAUCAGCGAAUGGUGUCGUACUCGGAGACCGAGACAUAUGGUCAAGACCGCGGCAAUGUGGAUCUUGAUAUUCCUCGAAACAACGACACCAUGGCCAUUUCCGGCAUGUCUCCCUCCGAGCACAGUGAUUUUGAGUCCUGGCUGCACGGCACUGACCUUGGUGUAUCGGAGUUUGGCUUUGGCCUUGCAAGUCGAGAGACGGUGUUUGCAAAAGGUGGAUACUACAAUGCGCCGGUGCAGAUCAAGAUACCUCGAAAGUUGGAACCAUUACCGCGGACGCUAUCGGAAAACCCGAUGAAUCUGUUGUAUUUCCAUCACUUCCUCAACCACACGGCUAGAAUUCUUGUUCCGCAUGACUGUCCGGAAAAUCCAUUCAAAACAAUUUUACCAAAGAUGGCGGUGGAUAAUCCCAACCUUCUCAAUCUUUUACUUGCCUAUUCAGCAUGUCACCGAGCGAGAUUGUUGAACCAUCCGGAACCGGUCAACCGGAUCGCCAUGUGGGUUCGAGAUGUCUUUCCCUCGCUACGGCAGACUCUGGACAAUGUGUCCAACACGGAGAUUUCGAACGCGAAUCUGGCCACAGCUAUCAUGCUGGCUUCUUUAGAGAUCAUCUCGCCUUCGAGUUUCGGAGUGUCGAUACCUUGGCAGAACCAUCUCAGCAUUGCACGGAGCAUCAUUCGCUCUCGAGGCGGGCCGAAUUCGAUCUCACGCAAGGAUCCGGUCAUGUACUUCUUGACAAGAUGGCUGGCAUACCUCGACGUGCUGGGGUCGUUGUCUGGGAGACGUAAUGAAGAGCCGCUCUUUGCCGGGAAUUACUGGUCCAGUUCGCACGAGGACAGCACUUCAGCCAAGGAAUUGUCCUUGACAGAUGAUGAUGGUGACGAUGACGACGAUUACACGAUUGAUUGUUUGCUCGGGUUCACCACACGGUGUGUUUCAAUCCUAGCGCAAAUCGCUCUGUUGGCUCGACAGUGUGAGGCUGGUGGCAGGAUUGACCCGGACACCGGACAAAUCAAUGAGUCCUGGAGACCUUCGAUGGAGAUACUGAAAAAGGCGGAGAAGCUGCGAGUCGACCUGGAAAAGGCGCGCAAUCACGAGCAGAUCCAAUGUUCGCACCACAGCCCUCAACUCACCAAGGCACAGUUGGCGGGUUCUCGGCGGAACUCGGCCUACCUGGACAUGUCUGAGAAGGACGCAGAAGAGUCAUUAGCCACCAACUCUGCGUUUCACGCGGCGGGACUGGUCCAUUUACUUCGCCGCAUCCACAACUUACCGCGCAGUGACCCAGAGGUGCAAAAGGCGGUGCAUGAGGUUGUCAAGAUCCUCCAAACCAUCCGGGCGGGUGGAAGCGCUGAAGCUUGUCUAUUGUUUCCCAUGUUUACAGCGGGGGUCGAAGCUGAAGACUCGUUGGACCGAGCGGAGGUGCUGAGUCGCAUCAAGGGAGCGGAGGAACUGGGACUGUGUCAAGUGAGUCGUGCUCGCAAGAUCAUGGAGGAGGUUUGGAGAACAGGCAUGAGCUGGGAAACCUUGGUCACUGGGGAAUUCUUUGGUUGA